UGUGUGUAGCCGCCUGUUUUUCCAGUCCAGGUUGAAAACUAAAAAGUUUCAUGCCUUUGGAAUUUGAUCAUUGAAGUGGGCCUUGAUUCGAAAUCCACUUUACGGACACUUUCCCCAUCAUCAAGAAUCUACAAUUAUUCUGAGCCCUGGUCUUUGCAGGGUCCAGGGAGGGAUGAACUUAUUGAGACUGAGAGAACUAUUUCUGAACAAAAUAGAAGAAAGCACAAUAUCAUCAUAAGGAAAACCAGGGUGCAAAACCAGGAGAUACCGCAAAAAUGACGGACAAUGGAUAUGUGAAUCCUCAAGAGGAAUGUCAAAUGAAAAAGAAUUUGGAAAAAGACCCAACAGUGACUCCUCAGACUCAUGAGGCUAUAAAGGCAUCAGAGGUCACUGAAGAAACCCAAAUUGAAUGUCCUGUUUCUGGCCUUAAGGAUGUCCCUAUAGAGGCAGAAACAAUAGGGUCACAAAGCCUGGAUGAAGAAAAUAAAUAUUUGAAUACUUGUGAAGCAGAUGAAGGGAACUCUCCAGAGACAGAACCAGAGAAGAAAGAGAAGCAGAAUGAUCCCAUUAGUAAACAAGAGUAUUCUCUCAACUCCGAAGGACUGUGUGAAAGACCCAUGGAUCAAAAGAUCAUCAGCAUUUCUUUAAAGGAAAAGGAAAGUCCAGCCUCUCUCCAGGAGAAAAGCUCUGCAGUUCUCACAGAAGAUAAUAAGGAAUCCACUAUUCCACAAAAGCUUAAUGCUGAUCAAAAGGUUCCAGACACUGUGGGAACCCAGAACUCAGUUACUACUAAAGAAGAACUAGAAAAUGAGGUUAUGGUGAGGAAACGUUUUGUACAAGAGGUUAGAAGUCAUCAGCAGGAGUCAGUGGAAACUCAGAGACCUGAAGAAAACAAAGAGAGGGCCCAGGAUGUGGGAAAGAGCCCUGAAAAGAAUCUGUGGAGCAAAUUAGGACAUGUCGUUGGAUUUUUGGCUGUAUUCAUUUUUGUGGUAGCCUUCAUUUCCAGCUUCUCAUCCCAGGCCCAGCAAGUGCCCAAAAACCCUGCUUUAGAAGCCUUCUUAGAUCAGUUCAGCCAACUGAAGGACAAAUUUCCAGGCCAGAGCUCUUACCUCUGGCAGCGAGGACGUAAGUUCCUCCAGAAGCACCUAAAUGCUUCCAGCCCUCUAGAGCCAGCCACUAUCAUCUUUACAGCUGCUCAGGAGGGGAAAGAGACUUUAAAGUGCUUGAGCCACCACAUUGCUGAUGCCUACACGUUCUUCCAAAAUGUCUCUGCCAUUAAAAUUGAUGGUGCUCAUCGGACCUCUCAAGACAGUGACACUGUCAAGCUCUUGGUGGAUAUCGAGCUAAGUACUGGAUUUGAAGUUGGCCGAAAAGCAGCUGUGGUCCAUCGCUUUGAGUCCCUUCCUGCAGGCUCCACUUUGAUUUUCUACAAGUAUUGUGACCAUGAGAAUGCAGCCUUCAAGGAUGUUGCCCUGGUGCUGACAGUUUUACUAGAAGAGGAGACAUUAGAAAAAAGUGUGGGUCCAAGGGAAACUGAAGAAAAAGUGAGAGAUUUGCUUUGGGCCAGGUUCACUAACUCGGACACCCCCAGCUCCUUCAAUCAUAUGGAUUCAGAUAAACUGAGUGGCCUAUGGAGUCGGAUCUCCCACCUGGUACUGCCAGUCCAGCCAGUUGAGAAGAUAGAAGAAAAGGGCUGCUUUCUAUAAAGCUAAGCACAGAAUUACAUCAAGCAAAGGCUUACACUAAAGACAACAUAAAUAUGACUGGUGUUUGAAAACUUUUGAGAGAACCACUCUGAAAAGCAGCGUAUUAAUUUUAGAACAGAUUUGCACUUUGGUAUCUUUUUACCUCCUUUGAAAGCUUUUUAAGUGAAAACUGAUAAAAACCAAUCAGAUCUGAAA